UUAUUAACAACACUUUUCUGCCCACUCGACUACUUUUUUGAUUUUAUUACAUCGGAAUACCAUCAAUACAUCGUCUUAAGACGCGUUUUAUUAUCAAAGAAAUAAUACACUUCUUAAUUACUAUUUCAUCAUGACUGGACGUAAGUUAUUACCUUAUUCAUAUGGUAAUGCGGUUGAAUUGGUUUUCUUGUCGUCUUCGGUCGCGAUCUUUGAAUGGAGAUGUUUUGGUGUUGGUGUUUUGGUCUUUUGAUCUCCACCUUCUACACAACGCGAUAAGGUAUCCACAUCUUUAUGAUGUCGAUAUACUUACAAUAACAAUUACUUCACUCCAAUACAUCGUCGCGUUAACUAUUACAUGUGCUAAUGAUAUUCUUUUAUAGGCGGAAAGGGUGGAAAGGGUCUCGGAAAGGGUGGUGCUAAGCGUCAUCGUAAGAUUUUGAGAGACAACAUCCAAGGUAUCACCAAGCCAGCUAUUAGACGUCUCGCUCGUCGUGGUGGUGUCAAGCGUAUUUCUGCCAGUAAGUUUUAUCCCAUUCUAUGCUAUUGCGCCUUGGUCCAAUGACCUUGAUGUUCAAUAUCAUUUCUAAUUUCCAUUUUCUAACGCGUCUUGUUACAGUGAUCUACGAAGAGACCCGUGGUGUUUUGAAAACCUUCCUUGAGGGUGUCAUUCGUGAUGCUGUCACCUAUACCGAACACGCCAAGCGCAAGACCGUCACUUCCCUCGACGUCGUUUACGCUUUGAAGAGACAAGGCCGUACCCUCUAUGGUUUCGGUGGUUAAAUAUUUCGUCAUCUUUGACCAUCUUCGUCAUGAAAUCAUUCGAUACUCUCACAUACUUUUCGACAAUACACUCUCGAUUAUGCUUCUCGGUUGAGUUAGUAUGGGCAUAUGUUACUUUUGAUAGUCUUUUAUAGACGGUCUAGCAUGCUGUUUACGGCAGGGUUUCGCUCUUAUCUAACUCUUUUCUUGAAUCAUUAUUUUCGACAUUCGAUUAAGUUUUCUUAUCUCAACUGGUCUUUACAUAACCAGACAUGCCUCGAAUUAAAAACUUUUUGAUAGUCUAUACCUUUGCUUGCUCGCUUUGGUAUGUAAGACAGUCUAGCAUCCUGUUUACGGGAGGAGUUUUCCUGGAAGUUGUGGUUUUGUUCAACGACACUUGAUACCCCGCGAGUUGGGAUUUGUGAGGAGGAUCUUAUGAUUGAUGGCGUAAAUACUUGUUGUUGUUGUUGUCUCUUCAGGCUGUUUAGCUGCAUGGCGUUUUAUGGAUCGCCCUGGUACUGGACGGGUGUCUAGAGGGCUGAAGGAAGGAAGGAAUGAAUGGUCGUGGAAUGGAUCACGAUCGAGCAGUUGUGUUAAUACACAUACAUAGCAUACGAGUGAAUUAUAUGGUCGUGGACCAAUUUGAUAUUA